AUGGUCGAUAGAGGCACGCAGUGGUCCCCCCGGGACCAAAAGGUGUCUACCCCUCUUGCGACUAAGACACCCACAUCCACGAUCGCUGGGCUCGAGCUAUCUGAAAGCGACGAGCAUCUCACGAUGUCAGCGCUCACCUCACAGCCACCUGAACAAGGGACUGCGACAUGCUCGUCAAAAACUGCAAAUGAUAUGAGACCAGAGCAUGGCUGGCAGGCGCAAGCAAAGAGACCGGCUGUUGAGACCAUGGCAGAGACACAUCCAGACACAAAGGAUAUCACAGAGCAGGUUCAGCAGUCGUUGCUCCAGUCGCCAUUGAAAAAGCCGCGCCCAGAAGCUCCUCCGGUGCGCCUGAUGCCGCGUCAAUAUGAGAAUUGCAAUACUCGAGAUCUGGUCAUUUUGAUAUCAUCCAUGCUUAUGGAACUGAUCAGGUACAAUGAUGCUAUUCCCCUACGAGAUGGACAAUUGACCAGGUUCCACUCCCGGGCUCCGCCCGGCAUUUCCGUACUUGAUUAUCUCCAACGAUUGACGACUCACGCUACACUAUCUCCACCAAUUCUUCUGAGUGUGGUCUUUUAUAUCGAUCGCCUCUGCGCUCUCUAUCCAGCCUUUACCAUCAGCAGCCUAACGGUACACCGUUUUCUGAUCACUAGCGCAACUGUUGCGAGCAAAGGGUUGAGUGACUCGUUUUGGACCAACAAAACAUACGCCAGAGUUGGCGGCGUUAGCAUGAAGGAACUCGCUCUCUUGGAACUUGAAUUUUUGACUAGGAUGGAGUGGCGGAUAGUACCGAAACCCGAAGUUUUAUGUGACUACUACAGGUCCCUGAUUCAGCGCAACUCCCAGUAUCAAUUGGAAGAUUGA